GCGGCGCUGCAGUACCAGUGGUACCGUUGGCAACGCGUCGUGGGAGGGAAGCAGGCUUGUUUUAUCCACAUUUAUUCUAUGUUUAUAACGGGAAUGUAACAGUUAUGUGUUCCGAACGCUGCCAACUGGUCAUCGGGGCUUGCAGAAUAGGCUGUUACAGCCUGUACAGAGCGCUGUGUUGUUGCAGCCCUCCCGCGCCCCGACCAGAGUACCACGUGGUGUGUCUGGGGAUGUCUGGUGCCGGGAAGACCACACUUCUCACCCUGCUGCAGUGUGGGGAGACUACAGACGACAUCGAACCUACCUCAGGUUUCAAUAUCAAAGCAGUUCAAUUUGAAGAAGCCAUUCUCAAUGUGAAGGAAGUUGGAGGUGCAGAGAACAUCAGACCAUACUGGGACAGGUACUACCAACAGACCCAGGGCGUGGUGUUUGUCAUGGACAGCGCCUGCUCCCAGGAGGCCUUGCAAACGGUGGGCGGCCUCCUGGCCGGCAUACUAUCCCACGAGUCCUUGAGGGGCCUUCCCUUCGUCCUCCUUGCCAGUCACCAGGACAAGAUGGAAGCAAGGAGCUCUGAACAGCUGACCAAAGACCUGGAGCUGGAGAGGCUGUGUGCAGGACGACAGUGGGUCGUGUGCCCCUGCUCCAUACAGGACCAAGAACCAGUGAGACAGGCUCUGGAGCGAUUUGUCACAUUCCUCUUAAACACUGCUGGAAAGGAGAGUGAGGAAAACAGGGUGUAGUUUAGCCUGGUGUCCCUCCUAUUCUAACUCUGGUUUCCUCUUCUGUUUGCCUCUCUGCUUUAAUAGGCCACACCAAGUAAUUUUUAUGGAUGAUGUCCUCUGAAGACCCUAAAUCUAAAUGCAAAAGCACGAAAAAAAAGUAAGAGGGGCCGAAAAAAACUAAGAGGCGACAAAUGUAAGAACACAAAUUGAAUGCAACACAGUAUAACAACCAACAGCAAUAAAUCAGUGGAGCAGCAGUUGUCGCCCUGUCCUGUUUCUUUCCUUUCAUCACAUCUAUCAUCUUGCUUCCAAUCUUGCGAAUUGUGGCACUAUCGUGACUCUUUGGUCAUCGUUACAGGAAGCAGAAUUUCUUUUUUUCCUGGGAACAGGCCAAAAUGGAUGCGCGGGCGCGGGUGUCAUCCAUAAAAAUUACUUGGUGUGGCCUAAUCAUAGUUUGGCGCUAGUUCCCAUUUGAAUUAUGGCUACAUGGCCUUUAUGUCAUUCAUUAAUUGGGGUACCAAAAUUUA